GUUCAACCACUGGUUCGACGGUAUGGCUCUCCUGCACCAGUUCAAAAUAUCGAAUGGUCAGGUGACUUACAAAAGCCGCUUCCUGUCCAGUGACAGUUACCAAGCCAACAAGGAGCACAACCGCAUUGCAGUGUGUGAGUUUGGGACCAUCACCAUGCCGGACCCCUGUAAAAACUUCUUCCAGCGCUUCCUGUCAAGAUUUGAACUUCCGAAGCCCACAGAUAAUGCCAAUGUGAGCUUUGUGACCUACAAAGGUGAUUAUUAUGUCAGCACGGAGACCAAUGUCAUGCACAAGGUGGACCCUGAGACACUGGAGACGACCAAAAAGGUGGACUGGAGCAAAUUCAUUGCUGUCAAUGGAGCCACUGCGCACCCUCACACCGAGCCUGAUGGAACAACGUACAACAUGGGGAACUCCUACACCUCGAAAGGAGCGUACUACAACAUCAUCCGAGUGCCUUCCACCAAGAAAACAGCAGAAGAAACCCUGGAGGGAGUCACAGUGCUGUGCUCCAUUCCCUCGGUGGACAAGACCAAACCCUCCUAUUACCACAGCUUUGCAAUGUCUGAGAACUACGUGGUGUUCAUUGAGCAGCCCAUCAAAAUGGACCUGUUGAAGAUUGUGACAGGAAAGCUGAGAGGAAAGAGCAUCAGCGACGGCUUUUUCUGGGACCCAAAACUCAACACGAUCUUCCACUUGAUCCACAAGCAGACUGGGAAGUUGAGCUCCAUCAAGUAUUUCGCCAAGCCACUGUCAACCUUCCACCAGAUCAACGCUUACGAGGAAGACGGCUUCUUGAUCUUAGAUAUGUGCGCUUCAGAUGAUGGACAGGCGAUCGCUAACUACAACGUCCAGAACCUGCGCAAGUCCGGAGAAGCACUUGAUGAGGUGUAUAACACCUUGUGUAGAGUGUUCCCCAGGCGUUUCGUUCUGCCUCUCAACGUGGACAACGAUACACCCUAUAACCAGAACCUGAACGGGCCCAACAGCACAGCCACUUCUGUGAGAAUUUCCAAGAACAAGGUGUUCUGUACCCAUGAGGACCUCCACAGAGAGGAUCUUCAUCAAUACGGUGGUCUGGAGUUCCCUCAGAUCAAUUACGGCAAGUACAACACCCGCCCCUACCGCUACUUCUACGGCUGUGGCUUCAGACACCUCGUAGGAGACACGCUGAUCAAGAUGGACCUCCAGGGGAAACACAUGAAGGUGUGGGAACAACCCGGUCUUUAUCCCUCUGAACCAGUCUUCGUACCCGCCCCUAAUGCCACAGAGGAGGACGAUGGUGUCGUCUUGUCUGUUGUCAUCACUCCAAAUAAGGACAAGAGCACAUUCCUUCUGGUUUUAGAUGCCAAGACGUUCGAGGAGCUGGGCCGGGCUGCGGUGCCUGUCAACAUCCCCUACGGUUUCCAUGGGACAUUCAACGCCACAGCAUAGACGUGUGAGGACGAACCCAACUGGGACCUCACAUGAAUAAACAGAGGUCGUGGCAGAUGUUCUAUAAUGUAAAUACUAUCUUUUGUUUGUGUCUUCAUACAUGCAGUUUUAGAGGUCUCUCUGCACCGAUAUGAAUGUAUAGUUUUCUUGGAUUGUUAUCAAGAAAAAGAAAAAUUUCCAGUGUGUUAGAAAUAUUGUUGUAAAUAAGUUGCUUUUUUUCUAUAUU